UAAAUUUGGACGAGGAUGUUUAAUUCGAAAACUCCUAAGAAAAAUGAAUAUUCGAUAUUAUUUGUUAAUUGGACUUGUACUUACUGAAUUGGGUAUUUCAGUUUGUAGAGGGCCCGUUACACCAUAUCCAAUACCAGGAACUACAGUAAAUUGCCCAAAUCAGCCUAUCCCUGCGUAUCAUAUUAAAACUGAAGCCCCACCGUUUGUUUCUUGUCCAACCAAUCCUUGUCCUUUGCCAACAUCGAAUCCACCUCCAACUUAUAAUUGUAUAAAUCAACCUGGUUAUGUCUGCUCAACAAAUCCAUGUAGUAGUUCAACAACUCCAUGUGAUUCAACGACUUCAAAUUGUGGUACAACAAAUAAUUGUUGUGGUCAAGCCCCACCAAUUGUUUCAUGUCCAACGAAUCCUUGUCCUUUGCCAACAUCGAAUCCACCUUGUUCAUAUCCCUGUCCUGUAAUACAGACGAAUCCUCCUCCAACUUAUAAUUGUAUAAAUCAACCUGGUUAUGCCUGUUCGACAACUCCAUGUGAUUCAACGACUUCAAAUUGUGGUUCAACAAAUAAUUGUUGUGGUCAAGCCCCACCAAUUGUUUCAUGUCCAACGAAUCCUUGUCGUUUGCCAACAUCAAAUGCACCUUGUUCAUAUCCCUGUCCUGUGAUACAGACGAAUCCUCCUCCAACUUAUAAUUGUAUAAAUCAACCUGGUUAUGCCUGUUCGACAACUCCAUGUGAUUCGACGACUUCAAAUUGUGGUUCAACAAAUAAUUGUUGUGGUCAAAAACAAUGUUGUCAAACAGAACAUCCACAUGAAACAACUCCACCUCCACCUCCAACUUACGAACCUCGCCCCACCAUUCCUACACCACCACCUGAAACCCUUAUUAAAUGUCCCUCUGGAACGCAGCUAAUUGGAAAGGAAUGUCAUUUGAUAUAUUGUCCUCGUGGAUCACAAAUGGUGAAUGAUCGCUGUGUCGUUAUUGAAUGCCCUGAAGGUACAGUUUGGACCGGACAUAGAUGUUCAGUACCUGAACCCAUUGUCCACAAUCUAACAUUUUACAAUACCGUUAUGACACAAUUUAAUCUAACUAAACCGGACAUUAUACUGAAUAACACGUACAACAUCCUUGUUAAUACUUCUUUGACUAUACCCGAUGAAAACAACUACAGCAAAGAAUGCAACAACGAUUGUGAAGACGAAAAUUCAACGACAACAUCACCUACGACUGUAGAAUGUUGUGAAGUCAUGACGCCCCGCAUUUGUAAGUAUCAUAAUAAUCGUUGGCGAUGUUACAGUCGUCGGUCUCGUAGAUGUGGUGAUUUUUGUGUUGCACCCAUAAUUUACCUAAAAACAUCCCGCGUAUACGCUAGACCUCAAUACGUCGUAAUGCCACCUAUUCAAAAUGACUGCCAAUCGUACGGAAAUUGUGGUCCACUUAGAGAUGGUCAUGAUUGUUCCGGCUGUGCAAUGAACUAUAUGGAUCGCUGUUCCCACUACUGCUAUCGUUAUUCAUGUCCAACUCGUAGGUGUGAUUUUUAUGAUCAGAAAAAGUACUGUGCUCAUAAUACCGGCUCAUAUGGAUGUCAAGAAGAGGAUGGUUGUUUCGACGAUUGGUGUCUAUAGAACAUAUUCAAAUUCAAAUAAUUUUUACAACUUUUCAAAUACAUACAUAUGUUAUGAAUACGUACAAUAACAAUUAAUUUUAUUAAAAAAUUGUACUGUACUUAGUAUUUAACGAAUGUAAAAAUGACGACUGCGGGAGCUAUUCAAUAGAUUAGCGAACGAUCGGUAUUUAUUAUUAUCUCAAUAAACAAAAUUUCAUACAUUUGCUUUGUUAAAGAAUUAA